CAGACAACAACAUGUCUGGAAGAGAGAGAUCACGAGAGGGAGUCCGAUCCGCUGAAAACUCAGGGAAGAUCAAGAGAGGAGAAGAAACUGCUAAAGAUGAUACUGAGCUCAGAGAAGUGAAAAAACCUUUUCCUCAGUGGGAACUUCUAAAGCAAGACCAAAUAAAUAUUCUGCUCAGCCUGCCUGUGGACCAAGUGCAGCUACAGUUUGAGGAUAUACUGAAUAUCGAAAACCACCAAACAUGUGUGAAAGAGGCUGCACUGUUGGAGUAUUUUGUCAAUGGAUUUUGGUGGGCCAAAGAGAUGAACUUCAAUUCUCAGCAAAUCUCAUUUAUCAUGGCCCUUUUACAGCAACUACUUGACAACAUAAAAAACGAACAUUCCUCAUUUGCUGACAAUUUCAAGACAUUUAUCCAAAUAGUACUUGCCAGUAAAGCCAGUUUUUUAUUCACCACCACCGAUCAAAUCAAAGCCAUCACAAAUUACUUCAAGACCAGUCUUUUCCAGCACUACAGACUAUAUGAAUUACUGUUCAAUCAUAGAAGAGAUGAGCAACUCCUGAAAAUAGAGAAAUGCAUUGAGGUGAUCAACCCUGCUGAGUUUGCUGCCCCGUUGGAAGAAGGCAUGCCCACUGAUCUGUACUUCCAUUACAUGGCUCCCCCAUGUGUCCAAACGCCUGAGCAGACCAUUCAGGAAUCUCACGAGGAGAAUGUGGAAGAACCUGGAAAAGCUGAACUGGAAGAAAGUCCCGGGAAUCAAGUGGGCUUCAGUGUGGAAGAUGUUCGAGAGGCGCUGGGGGAAAUGACCCAGGAGAUGUUAGCAAAACUACAGGCCGACUUCACAGAGAAGCUGCGAGUUCAUGAGGAGACCUACAUCUCGAGGUUAGAACGACUUCAGAAAGCCUCUUCCAAACAGCACUGAUGAGAUCCCAAAAGGAUUUCCCAACAGUAUUUACUAAUUCAAUCAGAACAAGUCUGAAAAUAACACUGAAUAUGGCACUGGUGGUUUACACAGCCAAAUACUCUCAUUUACUCUACAUUUUAUUCACUUCGGUUCUACUUAUGUCAAGCAAAACUGCUUUAUCAGUCUGUUCGAUGCUGAUAAUAGAUGAAAUAAAUGACUUUCUGGC